UUUUUUAAAUUAAUUUUUAAAUUAAUUUUUUAUUAUUUACAAUUCUCUUUUUGUUAUCUCGGUUUCCUUUCUAAUUUAUCCCACAUCUUCACUUAUACUCUUUUAGACAUCCCAUUGACUUUGAUUGAAGAGAUAAAGACUUUCUAUAUUUUUAUUAAAUCUCUAUUCAAUCUCUCAUAUCCUACUUUGCCUAAAAUCCCUAUAUUUUCGAGUUUUCAAUCUUAAUAAUAUUCCAACGAUUUAAUAAUUUAAUUUAAAUUUUUAGAAAAAAAUUUAUUUUAUUAUUUUAUUUAACUAUUUAAUUUAAAAAAUAUUUAAUAAUGUCUAGAGUUGGUAUUUUUGGACAAAUAUCAGAAAUUAAUGAUCACCUUUUUCUCAGCGGUGCCGGUGUUCUUCGGCCAGAGAAGCUCAAACAAAAGGGAAUUACUUGUAUAAUUAAUGCAACAAUAGAGGAACCGACAACAAAUUUAUCUGGUAUUGACUGCGUAAGAAUCCGCAUAGAAGAUUCUCCUUAUUCUCGACUUGAUAAUUAUUUUGAUUUAGCUGCAGACAAAAUCAGAUCCAUUAGAGAACGUGGAGGUAAAACACUCGUUCAUUGUGUUGCCGGUGUUUCACGUUCUGCUACUCUUUGCAUUGUCUAUCUAAUAAAAUAUGAGAGAAUGUCAUUAAGACAAUCAUAUCAUUAUGUUAAAUCCUCUAGACCAAUUAUUCGGCCAAAUCUUGGUUUUUGGCAACAAAUGGUUGAUUAUGAACGAAAACUUAGGGGUAGAUAA